UUGUGACAUUUCUCUGCAUUUCAUUACAAAAAUACUUUUAAUUUGUAUUAAUUAAUCAAUUCAUUCAUACAAUCAUUUUUAUCUGAUCCCAAGAUAUGACACAACAGAUGACACAAACGAUGGCAUCACUUGUGGCCACAGAUGACUACGAAGACGAUGACAUACAACAGAUAUAUCCCGAAGACUCUUUGGAUCGAUUCGGUGAUGACUUGUUUGGUAUUUUGUUAUCUCAUCUCUCACUCAAAGAUCGCCUCCGAUUUGAAUGCGUGUCCAAACAGUUCCAGAGGACAGUCUUCGAGAGUGUUGUGAACAUCAAGAUUGACGACAAACUUAUUUUAGAGGAAAAUACUACUCAAUUGUUCCCAACGUUUGGACCUCUGGUCACAAGAAUUAAGUCCGUAUCCCUUCCGGAGAGACAAUCACUUAUCCAUUGCCACCGAUUGUCUCAUUUGCGGAUCUACUCGUUGUACGACAUCUUCGACACCACUUCCGGACAAUCGUUGGCCAAAAAUCUGCAAAAAUUUGAGUUCACUUUCAGUGGUAAUGAAGAUAAGGAAGUGUUGUCACCAUUUGUGGCACAGAAUCAGUCCCUAAAGAAUAUUAAAAUAAUUGAUAAGAAUAGUGUAAUUCCCGGGAAUUUCCCCGAACUGUCCCAACAAUUGUCACGAUUACCGGAAUUACGGGAAUUAACGCUAUUUUCAACACUAAAUAAUCAAAACUCUUUGAACGAGUUUUUGCGUACAAUUGGCCUAAACUGCAAACAAAUGAAACGAUUGACACUUCAGUUGAUGUCAAACAACACACCACUCAAUGGCCAGACAUUGGAUUCGUUGAGAGUUUAUCAGAGAUUAAAACGUUUGGAUUUAACGAUCGGUGCGGAAGUCGAGCACCAAUUCUGGGAACCGUUGAAACUUUGCCACCGAUUAACGCAUUUAACGCUAUAUUCAACGCAAAUGAGUGACAAUUUUCUGGACAAUUGCGGCAAACAUUGGCCACGACUUCACUUCCUGUACAUCAGAUCCAAUGAAAUCACUGACAAGUGUUUGGAUAACAUCUCAAGACUACCGGCGCUGCAAAUACUGAUCUUUACGUACAUUAAAGCUAUUGGUCUCAGAGAUAGUGAUUUCGAGGAUCUGUUGACCAAAAAUAUGACACAAAUGAUGGCAUCACUCGAGACCACAGAUGACGGCGAAGGAGAGGACAGACAACAGCCACAGAUCUACGCAAAAGACUCUUUGGAUCGUUUCGGUGAUGAUUUGUGUCAACUUCUGUUAUCUUAUCUCUCACUCGGCGACCGAUUCCGUUGCGAAUGUGUGUCCAAACAGUUCCGGAGGACAGUCUUCACGAGUGUUGUUCACUUCAAUAUCACUGCCGAACCCAUUAAACGAAACAACUAUUCAAAGACUCCUAUCUUUACAAUAAUGCAAAUAAUGGCCAAAAAGUGUCCAAACAUUGAGAGCAUUGACUUUCGAGGCGUUAUAAACAGCGAUGAAUACAUUCUGGAAGUGUUUCCCGUAUUUCGUGACAAAUUCCCGAAACUGCGGGAAAUAUACUGCGAUUUGGUGUCAAACAGCGGUCGAUGGGUCCGAGAGUUGGCUCCACUCAUCACACGAGUCAAGAACUCGUUCACAAACAGUAAAUCACUCAUUGAUUGCCACCGAUUGUCUCAUUUGAACGCAAGAGGUUUACUCAUGUUAUUCGACAACAAUAGCGAACAGUUAUUGAUUCAUAAUUUGCUGAAAAUACAGUUUAAUUACUCCAAUGAUAGCCAACUGUUGUCCCGAUUCGUGUCCGGGAAUGAGUCUAUUAAAUGUGUUGAAAUCACUCAUUUCGGUGACAAUGGUUUGACCGAAAUGUGCGCACAAUUGUCACGAUUACCACAAUUACGGCGAUUGAGACUCGGAUUAUUCAAUUACGACAACUCAUUGGCCGCCGCUUUGCAUACAAUUGGCUUAAACUGCAAACAAUUGAAACGAUUGUCACUCGGGUUAUACACAAAUGAGACCAAAGAAUCCGAUCUCAAGACAUUGGAUCAGUUGACAGUCUGCCGUCGGUUAACACAUUUGUUUAUACGUCUAACUAAAAUGGACACCAAUUUGUUGUCCAUUUGCGACAAACAGUGGCCACGACUUCAUUACCUACACAUUGUCGACGCCAAUAAUGCGAUAGACAUCCAGUGUUUGUCACACCUCUCAAGACUACCGGCGCUGCAAAUGCUUGUCAUUCAAUGCAAUCAAGACAUUGAUCUCAAAGAUAAUGAUUUCGAGAAUCUAUUGUCGAGAAGUCCUAAACUCAAGAACAUUAAAAUCAUUAUCAUAAAAGCCAGUGUCGGGGCAUUGGAUCCGUUGAAAGUGUUUGAUCUCUUGAUUCCCGCACAAAGUUUAACGCACUUAACGCUCGAGUGCUGGCAAAUGGACUGCAAAUUGUUAGGCAAUGACACUAAACACUGGCCGCCACUUAAAUAUCUAAACAUUAAAUGCCAUGAUUUUAACGGCCAGUGUUUGUCACACAUCUCAAGACUACCGGCGCUGAACACACUUAUAAUAUCUGCUGUGAAUGAAAGCUCUGGUCUUUCGUAUAAUGAUUUCAAUGAUCUGUUGUCGAGAAGUCCUAAACUAAAGAACAUUGAAUUCACUGUAAAUGUUUGA